GGACAUGCGCAGUAUGUCCCACGUGGUGUGAAAUAUGGCGAGCCAGCAAACUUCAGUGGUGGCCUUUUCUUCGAAUGGUGAAUAUUUUGCUUGUUCCAGCGCAGAUGGAGUAGUAAAGCUUUGGCAAACAUCUACUGGUAACUUAGUGCAAGAGUUUAGUCCAAGCAAGCACCUGACGGCUACUUGCACAUGCUUACGAUGGGGUCCUGGCCGUCACAUGCAGUCGUCGCAGCCCCGUAAGAAGAGAAAGAGUGUAUCGGAUACACAGACUGCUAUCGACAAUUUAAAUCUUAUUGCUAUUGGAACUACAAAUGGAUCAAUCCUGCUGUACAGCUUUGCAAGAGGCCACAUACACACGCAACUGGAAGGAGGGCACACCGACCAGGUGCGAGACACAUGUUGGUUUCCUGGUAGUUCUCGCCUUUACAGUUGUUCACUUGAUGGUCAUGUUGUGGAAUGGGAUCUGACCACAUCACAAGUGAAAGAAAAAUGGAAAGCAAAUAAUGGUGGCGUUCAUUCCAUGUGUUUGUGUUCAUCCUCACGUCUGCUGACUGCAAGCUGUAUAAUAAAAAUGUGGGAUCUUAAUUCAAAAACAUUAAUACAGAAAUUCACAGGUCACUCCACAGAAGUAUCUCAGCUACUGCCAGUACUGGGUACAGAAGGCGGCAGUGACCCACUUGCCUGCUCUUAUGUCCUGUCUGCUGCUGCUGGUGACCGAGUAGUCAAUGCGUGGUAUUGUCAUCCAGACUCUAAAGAAAAGAAUGCCAUAACAUCAUUCUCUCUACCUGAUGAGCCUUUGUCGUUGAAUUUGCGAACUUCUUCAGAGCAGGUUCUUCAGCUUGUGGUUGUGACAACAAAGUUGCAAGCACUUGUAUUCCAGCACAAGUUAAACGGCAAACUAAAACGACCAUUGCAUCCAAAGACAGUCGUACAUGCAAGCACUUCUGGGAGUAAAGAAGAAACAGCUGUUCCAGUCUCCAUUCUUGCAGCAUUUUUUGACAAUGGAGAAGGAACAAGCCUACAAGUCGUGCAUGGCUCUUUCCUCAAACCCAAAUUUGAGACUGUGGGGCUAAGUCCUGAGCAGCCAGAAGUAGUGCUAGUGGUAGCACCACCUGUAAAGAAAGCAGCCAAUGAGGGGUUUUUGCAGGUCAAAACACCUGAAGUCUCUGGCAACAAGACAGUGCUGUAUCCUAGCCAGAUGGUGCCAUGUGGACCAAGCAAGGAACCAGGAUCACGAAAGCGCAAAAAAUCUGUAUCUGAGCUUUCUUUGGGGGAAAGAUUAAAUGCCAUCAGCACUGAUGAACCUGAGCAUCCUUUAUCUUCUGGUGCUAAUAAACCUCCAAAAACAGACACCCUAGUCAAUCUUCUAACACGAGGAUUACAGAGCAAGGAUGGCAAGAUUUUGAUGAAUGUCUUGCAAGAGCGAAAUGAGCAAGUGGUUAAGAAUACAGUCAAGCGUCUGCCUUUGCCACUAAUUGUUCCCCUUGUGCAGGAGCUUGCACAACGAAUGCAUGGUCACGCCCAAAGUGGUCAGACAGCACUUACGUGGCUCAAGUUAGUUUUAUCAACACACGCAUCUUACUUGAUGACAGUUCCAGAGAUUAUAGAUACCAUGGGGGAGCUGUACCAAAUGACUGAGUGGAGAUUACAGACUUUCCCACGACUUGCUCAGUUGUUGGGGCGUCUUGACCUCUUGCUGUCGCAGGUCACAUCUCAGUCUUACGAAGAGGAGGAACCUUUGGCUGCAUCCCAACCAUUGCUAGUGUAUCAAGAUGAAUCAUCUGAUGAGGAGAUGCCUGAAGUAUAUGGGGCAUCCGAGUCCGAGGAUAAUUGGGAAGAUAUGUCAGACAAGGACUGAUAACCUACCAGAAGCAUUUUGUGGGGUUUCUGAUCAUGUUCGCUGCACACAGGAGGCUGUGAUUGACUUGAAUAUUCUUUAUUAUUGAAGGGAGGUAGGGGAGAUGUAGAAAGGGUAUUUGGCCUCUUGGUCCUAUAUCAUGGCACAGCAAUUAACCUCUGAAGAUGUUAGUUUUCCAAGGAUGCUAAGUUCUGACUUGCAUGGUGCAAAAGCUGGUUACUAAAAGCAGAUUUGGCUACUUGCGUCAUCAGAAUGUGGCCAGUCAGAUGUCUAAGAUUACAUUGCAUUUCAGAGUAAGUGGUGGUGUGGGUGGGUAAUGUGUGUGAUCGUUGAACAGGAAUGGUGAAGGUUUUAUGUCAUGGAUGACAGGGUGUGCUUGUUUUUUGAAGAUUGUAAAUUUGAAAAAUAUGUGCAUUGACUUGUUAGCACAAUGUUUACAGGCAUUAAAGAUGCUGUACAGUAAUGGAACAGAUUCCUGUUUGCAUUGUGUGUGGGAACUAUAUUUGUAGUCUUUUAAAACCCAUGUGAACAGGAACAAUGGAGAAAUAAGCAAACUAAUAAACAGGUCUAGAAGGUAUUGAAAAAUUAUGUGUACAUUUGUCUGGAGAAAAUAAAGGCAUUGAUCAGAAA